AUGCGAACGCCAGCUGGGAUGGGGAUGGGAGCUCCAGUGCUCCCAUGGCUGCUUGUGCUGCUGGUGUUGUCCCACUCAGCCCAUGCAGCCAUCCUGGAGGUGAAUGGAAACCUGAACUGUAGGUGCGUAAAGACAACCUCAGACUACAUUAGUCCAAAGAGAUACGAAAGCAUUGAGAUAAGACCCGUGGGGAGCACCUGCAGGCGUACAGAGAUCAUAAUUAAGCUAAAAACCUCAGGGAAGGUGUGUGUGAAUCCUGAUGCCCCUUGGGUGAAGAAGCUGCUGAAGCGUAUUGCUAGCACGAAGAAAAAAUAA